AGUUUUGGGGGUGUUGGCCACGCUGGAGGUAUAAAGGGGAGUUUUGGGGGUGUUGGCAACGCUGGUGGUAUGGGGGUACUAGGUGGCGACUCCAGCCAAGAAGCAGAAACUGUUCAGACAUUGGUUGCCGGGGGCGCUGGGAGCCGAGGCUCUAAAGAGGGCGCUGCGAACAAGAACAAGAAGAGCGAUACAGCUGGGAACGAUUCGUCAGAGGAGAAGCCCACGGGGGGAAACAGCGAGGAGAGCAGUGAAGACAGAGACAAAAGCACGAGUCGAAGGCCGAAUCCAACCACAACCCCACAUCGCGUUUCCACAACAUCUAAGCCCACACAACCCAACUCAAAACCCACCACACGACCCAACUUAAAACCCACCACACGACCCAACUCAAAACCCACCACACCACCAAGCUCAAAGUCCACCACAUCACAACCUUCAACAACCACAAAGCGGAGAAAAACAACUAGCACCACAACAAAAGCCACUAGCAAAAAACCCAGAACCACCACGCCAGUCAGAUCAACCACUCCAGCUACCACCACCCAAAAGCCUACAACAACAUACAAACCCACACCGCACAGGCCUCUGUCGACUCCACCACCUUCUACCACUCAGCCAUCGACUACUAAAUCAACCACUAGUAAGAAGACUACACCAGAAACACCACCACCAACCACUACCAAGAGGACUACACCAGAAACAACACCACCAACCACUACCAAGAGGACUACACCUACAGCAACACCAUCAACCACUACCAAGAGGACUACACCUACAACGACAUCAACCACACCCAGGAAUACAACCACAACACAUCCCUCAACCACUUCCCGGAGAACGACUACACCUACGACAACUCUACCACCACCUACUCCAGCGCCACCAUCACCAACCACCACCACCACAACAACAACAACAACCCUAUCGACAACCACGACUACUUUGAGUACAACUCCAAAACCGUACAUUCCGGAGGUAUGUGAAGAUAGCGAAUUCGUCAAUGGGGUUGGCUACAAAUCACAUUGGUCAGACUGCACCAAGUUCAUCCAAUGCUCCUUUCAGCCUGAUGGUUCUGUUGACGUCUUCAUAAAGUCCUGCGGUCACGGCACUUUCUGGGACCAGAAGUCGUUGACGUGUAACCAUGCCAACUCAACAGACUGCCCCUACGAUAAAUGUAAAAUGGAUGGAUUUGAUCGGUACCCAUCGUCCAUCAGUUGCCGUGGUUACUGGGUAUGUGAGAACGGCCACUCCACCGGAUAUUGCUGCCCACCGCAGCACGUGUACGACCCGGUGUUUGGCUGUGUAGCAGACGAUCAGUGUCUGGAUGAGUGCGGGGACAGGGUGCAACCAGAUAAUUGUGACAAGCGGGCCGUACCGGGCAGGCCGCUGAUGUUUGAACAGAAACUGGAUGGUCAAGGCUGGGUGCUGUUACCCUGUGCUUCAGGGACAGCUUUCAAUAGGCAGGCCUGUCAAUGUCUGGAGAGUCUUCAACUGAACGAUACUGACAUACACUGCGAGCCUGAGCUGUACCUCCCCUUUAACGGGGACAUCAAGGACGAGUCUGGCAACAACAACUUCCUGCAGGUGGACGGGGUGCAAGUGGUAGAUGGCGCUGGCUAUUUUGACGGUAAAAGUUUGAUCCGGGUCCCGCGCUUCUCAAACAUGGAAUAUGGUGACACGCUUAUCAUUAAACUGAGGUACAAGGAAGAGGGCAGUGGUUCCGGGCCAGGCCAACACCAAGCUCUUAUUGCCAACGGUGACUGCAACAAGCCGAGUUCCCUGUACAUUGUUACAGGUCAAGGUCAGGUCAAUAUGGGUCUGCAGACACAGGUUGGGGAGAAUGUGAGUGUGUCGAUACCCAGCACCAGCACCGGCUGGAAAGAAGCCAUUCUUACAGUAGAAAACUCUAAUUUGCUUGGGAGUUUAAAUGGCGUCUCCUUUCAAACGUUAUUUACAGGAGACAUCAAAACCAGCAAAUGUGCAUUGCAGAUCGGUAGAGGUACUGAGUUCAAACACUUUUCAGGCUAUAUGGAUGAUAUUCUUGUGUAUUUCUGCAAACCUAAAGGUUUCUAGUUUGUUGCAACGUUCAAUAAACAACAUUUUGUCAUUAA